AUGGUGAUUUUAUCGGCGAGCUCCACCGUGAGAGCUGCCUUAGAUACACAACCUAGACUUCCAUACAACCCUAAUGCGCCUCGGAAAGUGAAGAAAAACCCUAACAGCAGUUCUUUCUUACCUCCGCCUUCGCCUCCUCCACCGUCUCCGCGAAUCACCAUCUCCGUCGACGAUUUGCUCAAGCGUCCCGCAAGUAAAGACGUGACUGAUGACAUUGAUGAUACGUAUAUGGGAUACGAGACAUGGUCUCCAACUCCACCAAAGUUGGAGAAACCAAGAUCAGUUUUCAAUGCUGCUUCCUUAGCUUUUAUCGGCGAUUCCAUUUAUGAGCUAUAUGCUCGUAGGCAUUUUCUUUUCCCUCCACUUAGUAUCGAAGAUUACAACGAUCGUGUUAGAGCUGUGGUGCGCUGUGAAGCACAGUAUGCCUUGUUGAAGAAACUCGUGGAUGAUGAUUUCCUGACAAAGGAAGAGAGUGAUGUACUCAGGUGGGGAAAGAAUCUAGGUUCGUCAAGAACGCGUACAAGAAGGCGUGCAGGUGUUGCGGUUUAUAACAAGGCAUCAUCGUUGGAGACACUAAUUGGUUAUCUGUAUUUGACAAACGGGAAAAGAUUAGAAAAAAUAAUGCAGAAGAUAGGGUUCUCAAGCGAUUCUUCCACUGCGAUAGUGAUUGAAGUAGCCAAGCCUAAACCUAAACUAUCAGAAUCCAACCUCCCAUCCUUUAUUCUCAAUGAACAAGUGUCAUGA